GGGUAUGAGUUGCAACAGUUAAGGGACAUGAACCAGAUUCGUGGCAGAUUAAGUGUCACAAACCUUGAUAAUGUCAAUGGGAAGGAUGAAGCUUUGGAAUCGAAGCUGCAUCAGAAAAUUUAUCUUGACAGCCUGCAACUUAUCUGGAAUUUCAACGAUAACAUGAAUGCAGAGAAUAGUUUACAUUUGGAGAUUCUAGAAGGCCUGAUGCCACCGCCUCAACUUCGUGAUCUCAAAAUCAAUGGUUACAAAUCUUCAAAGUUUCCAGGCUGGUUACUUGUUGGUUUGUAUUUUGAUAAUUUGGAAUCUCUAUGGUUUAUGAAUUGCAGCCCAUUACAAAGCCUACCAUCUAAUUCUGAGUUAUUUGGGAAUUGCUCUUGCCUUGUCCUCUCCAAUCUGCCAAACCUGAAGACAUUACCUUGUCUUCCACUAGGGCUUCAGAAGUUACGAGUAAAGAGAUGCCCACAGCUUAUAUUUUUCUCCAAUGAUGAGCUGGAACAUGAUGAUCAGAGAAAGAACAUCAUGAUGACAGACCACUUGGCAUCACAACUUUGUUUAAUAUGGGAGGUGGAUUCAGGAUCAGAUAUUAGGAGCGUACUCUCAUUGGAACAUUUAUUUCUGAAGCAACUGAUUAUAUUGAUGAAUGCUGAUGUGUCACAUGUCCAAAACCUUGAAAGUGCUCUGGAAUUAGAGGAAGGUGGAUUAUCAGUAAAAGAGCUUCUCAUCGAGGCAUGGGUAUACUGUCACAAGCAGAGGAUGAGACUCUUGUAUGGAAGGGCCGCUGGGUUGCCGCUGGCUCCACCAUCAGGACUUCGUCAACUUUGUCUUUCUUCAUGCGGUAUUACCAAUGGAGCUUUAGCUGUUUGCCUUGAUGGUCUGGCUUCACUCAAAUUAUUGGUCUUAGAAGAGAUUAUGACUUUAACUACACUUCCUUCGGAAGAGGUAUUCCAACAUUUGGCAAAACUUGACCGCUUGUCCAUCAAACACUGCUGGUGUCUCCUGUCAUUAGGGGGCUUGCAAGCUGCUGCCUCUCUUUCACACAUUACAUUGAUUUCAUGCCCUUCUUUAGAGUUGGGAAGUGGAGCAGAACCUUUGCCAUUAUCCCUUAAGAUACUCUGUAUAGACAAUUGCGUCCUUGCAGCUGAUUUCCUCUGUACUGACCAAUUACCACACAUGAAUGAUAUUAGCUUAACCAAUUGCAGAAGCACCGCAUGCUUAUUUGUUGGUAGUCUCACCUCUGUAAUAUCAUUAACACUGCGCCACUUGCCAGAUUUAUGUAUGCUUGAAGGAUUGUCUUCCCUGCAACUUCAGUACUUACAUUUGAUUGAUGUCCCGAAGCUCAACCCUGAGUGUAUCUCACAGUUUCAAAUCCAGAAGUCACUCUUUGUUAGUAGUCUUGCAAUACUCAACAAGAUGCUCUCGGCUGAAGGUUUCACAGUUCCAGCAUGGCUCGGUCUUGAAGGAUGCAAAGAACCAUUAGUUUCAUUUGAAGAACCUGCAAAUUUUACAUCUGUCAGGUUCCUGUCUUUCCGUGGCUGUGAAAUGAUUUUCCUGCCAACAAAUCUGAAGUGCUUCUCCAAUCUGAAUACUCUCGAGAUCUAUAGAUGCCCCAACAUAUCAUCUUUACCAGAUCUGCCAUCCUCCCUCCAGAGCAUAAGCAUAGUGGGCUGUUGUGAGCUCUUGAAGGAGAGCUGCCGAGCACCCGAUGGAGAAAGUUGGCCGAAGAUUGCGCGUAUAUGCUGGAAGAACUUUAUAUAAAGUGUGAUUUGGAUUGCCAUCUACAAAUAAGUGGAAAGCUGGUCCAAGACAUGUGUGUGCCUCCAGAAACCUGGCUCAUCUUACAGUUUAAUUAACUAUGUUGGCUGAAGCACUAGGCUCUGUUCUGUUGUUGCCUGCUCUCUGCCACCGGGAGACCAGUCUGUUAGUUUUGCUCUGCGGCUGCCUGGAUACAGCUUGGUGGCCUAUCCUGUCCAUAUGGGCGUACAUCAACAGCAUGGUGCACAAGUCCGGCAAACAGCGACGAGGAGCAUCUCGAGGGGUUCAAGGCCGAAGAGGAAGCGGCCCUCCCGGCGUGCGUCAGCUAGGCCUGACGAACACAAUGAGGAGAACCACAGAUUAAUUGUAGGAGACUCCCCUCCUGGCACCGUGCGAGAGCGAGGUCGCUGACGAUAAGGGCUUCUGAAUGAACCUGAUGGAGGCCAUGCACUAGCACACGGCGCCACCGACCAUAUCCGCAGUAGAUAAUUGGAUUUAUUGUCGGGCUAGUCGCUGUUCAUCGGUGAUGGUGCCCCUCUUAGAGCAUCCGGAAUUCUCUUGAAUCGAUGGUGGCCACCUGUAUCACCCACAUUCUGGGAGGAAACCUGACACAAGGUAGGGUGCUGCCACCCAUGGACAUAGUCACCAUUUAGACGGAUCAUGUCAUCAUGGAAGACACUUGUCAGAACUCACCCUGAUCAUUAGAUAUGCAGGGCUAUCGAAGUGCCUUAGGCUGGCUCAUGUUACGGUUCAACUGUGCCUCCUAGUUGACCGGCCGGUGCUAAUCCCCUCGGUUGGUCUUCUGCUUUGC